AUGACCUUGCCCUCCGAACCCUGGCCGCCAGCCCAGACCACACCCCGAGCCUGUGUCGCAUCCGCCCCCCGCCGGGCCCCGGCAGACCCUGCGGCCCCGCGCACGCGGGGCGGCUCCCGGCACCCCGGGCUCUCGGGCCACGGCCCCGCCAGCUGCGCUCACCGCGACCCCGGCCUCGCCCCGGCCCUCGCGGGCCCUUCCCUUCCCCCGCCUGAGGCUUUCAGCGGUGCCCGCGCCCCUGAGGUCCAGCCUGGUGUCUCCUGCCCGCCCGCCCGAGGCUCGGGGCUGGAGUCCAGGUCCCAGGGCCCCGUUCUGUGCCGCUCCCCCAGCCCCUCCCCCAGCCCGAGGCAGCCUGGGCGCAGUUGUCUCUCAAGACCCGCUCUUGGCUUCUCCCCGUGGGCCUCCCCGGGGCCUGCCCGGCUCCCGCCCGGAGGCCCGCAGCGACGCCGGGUGGGCCCAUCCAGGCCACCCCAGCCCCUGCUGGGCCCCGGGUGCUCCGUGCCCGGCAGGGCCGCCCCUGCCCUCUCCACGUACACCCCUCGCAGCCAGCAUUAUCUUGGCGCCAGGGACUCCGGGGGUCCCCCCAACCUGCCUGGCUCGGGGGACUCUCCGUGCUGA